GGGCUGUUCCGGCUGGCGCCCGCCAUCCGCCCCAGCGAGAAGCUGCAGGGCCGCAUGCAGCGGGUGCAGGAGGCGCUGGCGGCGGCCGAGCAGCAGCAGCAGGAGGAGCAGGAGGAGGAGGAGGAUGAAGGCUUCGUGGACGUGUGCGGCAGCGGGCUGCUGAUCUACGGCGAGAUGCACGGGAAGCUGUUCCAGCACCAGCGGGAAGGUGUGGCGUUCCUGUACCGCCUGCACCGGGACGGCAAGCCUGGUGGCAUCCUGGCAGAUGACAUGGGCCUGGGCAAGACCAUCCAGGUGAUCGCCUUCCUCUCGGGCAUGUUCGACGCCGAGCUGGUGCAGCACGUGCUGCUCGUCAUGCCCACCACCCUGGUCAGCAGCUGGCUGGCUGAGUUCGCCCGCUGGACCCCCGGCCUGCGCGUCAAGGAAUUCCACGGCACCAGCAAGACCGAGCGCACCAGGAACCUGGAGAGGGUGCAGAGGAAGAACGGCAUCGUCAUCACGAGCUACCAGAUGCUCAUUAACAACUGGAAGCAGCUGGCCAGCCGCCACGAGCAGGAGUUUGUCUGGGACUAUGUCAUUCUCGACGAAGCGCACAAGAUCAAGUGCCCGUCAAACAAGACGACCAAGUGCGUGUACGCAAUCCCGGCCCGGCACCGCGUCCUGCUCACGGGCACCCCCGUGCAGAACAACCUGCGCGAAAUGUGGUCCUUGUUUGACUUCGCCUGCCAAGGCUCCCUCCUGGGAACUGCCAAAACUUUUAAAAUGGAAUACGAGAAUCCCAUUACCAGGGCGAGGGAGAAGGAUGCGACUCCAGGUGAGAAAGCGCUGGGGCUAAAGAUGUCAGAGAAUCUCAUGGCAAUUAUAAAGCCCUAUUUCCUCAGAAGGACCAAGGAAGACAUCAAAAGCAAUCAUGCUGAUAAAGUGGAUACUCCUCUUCCUGAAGAUCCAAGUGAGAACAAGGGUCCUGUCAUGCCAUCUCUCACUAGGAAAAAUGACUUUGUUGUGUGGGUGUACCUGGCACCGGUGCAGGAAGAAAUCUACAGGAACUUUCUCUGCCUGGAUCACGUGAAGGAAGUACUGACGACGACCCGAUCGCCUUUGGCCGAGCUGACGGUCCUGAAGAAACUCUGUGACCACCCCAGGCUUCUGUCUGCGAGAGCCUGCAUCCAGCUGGGCUUGGAAGAGCAGGAGGGCUCUGAGCAAGAUGACAGAAUAGAAGCAGGUCUGUUUUCAGGCAUGAGCAAAAUAGAUCAUCUCUCUGACGAGACAGUGAUCCAGGAGUCUGGGAAGAUGCAGUUCCUUGUGGGGCUGCUGGAACGGCUGCGAGAAGAGGGGCACCGAACGCUGGUGUUCUCGCAGUCGAGGAAGAUGCUGGAUAUCAUCGAGCUGGUGCUGUGCCGCCGGCAGUUCCGGGUGCUGCGCAUCGACGGCACGGUGACGCAGCUGACGGAGCGCGAGAGGCGCAUCAACGCCUUCCAGAGCAACCCCGACUACUCGGUGUUCCUGCUCACCACGCAGGUCGGGGGCGUCGGGAUAACCCUGACGGCCGCCAGCCGAGUGGUGAUCUUUGAUCCCAGCUGGAACCCAGCCACUGAUGCUCAGGCUGUGGACAGAGCUUACAGAAUCGGGCAGAAGGAGAACGUGGUGAUUUACAGGCUGAUCACCUGCGGCACUGUGGAAGAGAAAAUUUACAGGCGGCAGGUGUUCAAGGACUCGCUCAUUAGACAGAGCACCGGUGACAAAAAGAACCCAUUCCGUUAUUUCUCCAAACAGGAGCUGAGGGAGCUCUUCACGCUGGAAGACCCUCGGACGUCUGCCACUCAGAUCCAGCUGCAGUCCCUGCACGCCAUGCAAAGGAAGUCGGACCUGCAGCUGGAUGAGCACCUGGCUUACCUGCACUCCCUGGCAAUGUUCGGCAUUUCUGACCACGACCUGAUCUACACAAGGGAGACGGCUCACGAGGAGAAGGUGGAGAGCGAGGAAGCCCAUCAGUACAUCCAGAGGAGGGUACAGAAAGCCCACGAGCUGGUCCAGCUGGAGUCCCAGCUCAGAGACCAGAGGAUGGAGGGGAUCAGAAAUGCUUGUGAAGAGAACUGGCAGAGACCACUGGGAUCAGUUUCUGGGCCAAAGAAGUUGCCUCCAGGGUUGAAUGACAAAAAUAAUUUUGUUUCACCACCAGUAGCUGAUGCACAUAAAAAGGACAACGUUAUUGAUCUUACAGAGGAUGAGGCCCAGGUACUUGAUGUCAGCACCAAAAUGACAACUCUGACUGUUGAUGACUUGGAUGAAGAGGAACUGGCACAGGAUGUGUCUGGUAUGGAGACAGAAGUGCUCAAUACCAGCAAGACAGCAGAACAAUCUGAUAUACAAGAGUCUGAGCAAAAUCCUGAAUCUAGCAUUACACCAUCCUCCCCUGCACUCGAGAGUCAGAGCCUCCAAGAAAAACAGCAUUCGCACAUACAUUCAGACAGCUCGGCCAAGGCAAGGAAUGACCUGGCUGGGCAUUGUCAGAAACAGCACAUACAUUCAGACAGCUCGGCCAAGGCAAGGAAUGACCUGGCUGGGCAUUGUCACAAUUCCUCAGAGGCAGGCAUGGCUAGACUAGAAGAUCCUAGAAGAGAUGCAGAAUUGUCAGUUCAGGUACUUGACCCACACACUGCCCUGGGAACAGAGCAGAACAAUGUCCCUGAGCUGGCUUCUGCUUCUGCAGUGCUGAGUUUAUCAAAUGUUACAACAGAGAUCAAUGCUGAGCUCCACAAGUCUCACAUGUUGGAAGACAGCUUGGAAGGUACAUCUGCUCCUUCUCUCCAGGAUCAAGUUGACUUCAAUCUGGUUUUGGAAGAGUCUGACGAGGGAUGGCAGGAUGCCUCAAAUAGAGAAGAAUCAGUGGAACACCCUGAGAAGGAGAGCUUACAACUGCAGGCAGAAAGCUUGUGUAAAUCUCCAGAUAAAGAAUCUCCAAACAAAGCUUUGCCAAGUGAGCCCAGUAGCCAUGGCACAGCUGAGGAAGAGCCAAAUGCCUCCCUGCAAGGGAGUGAACCGUUGGAUGAAAGCAGUUGUCUCUUUACUUUCACGAGGAAGAGACGCUUGAACAGAAUUGCUUCACCCAGUGACAGUGAAGGGCAGCCUGAGCAAGUGCCCUCCUCUCCCUUGGACAGCACUCAGCACGGACUUCCAGAAAGAAUUAGUGCUUCCACCCCUAAACAUGACACCAGAAGAGCUAAAGCCAUCUUUUCUCCCCAGCUAAAUAACAGUGGAAACAGGUCUAAUGCUUCCAGGCGCUCGUUCAUCAACAGGCUGGUAGAUGAGGUGGAGGAUAUUGGGGAAAUCAUGGGGACCACUGAUGAAGAAGACAGUGAUGAUGGUGAUGAGGAGCAAGACGGGCUUGUGGAAGACGAAGCUGAGGAGUGCACUGGCGAAUCUGCUGAGCCUGAAGAAGAACCUACAGGAGAAACACUUGACACAAGUGAGGAGUCCUCCCCCACAGACAGCGUGGAGUCUGAGCAGUCCGAGGCAGAGGAGACAGAGUCAUCUCAGGAGGAAUCCACGGGUGAUGCUGAGCUCCAGUCAGGCGAGCACAUUGACUACUUCACCCAGGAAAGCACCUCUGCAAAGGGCACUGGGCAGAGCUCCUCUCCUGCUGCAGAUUAUGACACCUUGGUACACAGUGGGAAGAAACUUCAGAAUGAUGGAAAACUCCAGGAGGCCUUGGACUGUUUCCUGCAAGCUCUCGACAUCAAAAGUGGAGAUCCUGAAGUUAUGCUUCUGACUCUGAACUUGUACAGACAGCUGGCCCAGAAGUGACGGGGAUGUGGCUCUGUGUGUCUGCACCAUGUGUCUGCACCACGGCCCUGGGUCCCUGAGCCAGCUCCAGGCUGUGCCUGCCAUGUGCUCGUGUGACUCAGCAAAGUCAGCACCUCCUGCUUGAGGGAACAGUCCAAACAUCCAGGUGUUGGGUGCUGGGGAGGGAACUUCACUGUGGAGUUGGUUCACAAAGGUGAAAAUGGUUCAUGUUCCUGUCUGAUUAUUCAAUUAAAAAAAUGGUGUUCUUGAUGUCUAAACCCCUCUCCAUGCUGG